GAUUGGAGACUUCUGAUGCCAUCAGUACGGUCAUGACAACUGUCCCGAGAGUUUGAUUGUAGGCCUGACUGAAAGGAUAGUUUUUCAAAGAUUUUUUCUUUCUUCCUGGACAGUCCUCUCUUACUAAUCAAUUUGCAAUGUCGGAGAAACAAUCAGAUUUAGUAGCUGGUUCAGAUCAAGAAGAAGAGGUGACAGAUGUCGUAUGUGUGGAAUCACACCUCAAUGAUGGAGAAAUGAUGGAGGUGGAAGUGGGUCACCACAAUAUUUUGCUUAUACGCAGUGAUGGGGUGUACAGUGCCAUUAGCAACCAAUGCACACACUAUGGUGCUCCACUGAGCAAAGGGGUGCUGUCAGGUCAUAGGGUGCGCUGUCCCUGGCAUGGUUCCUGUUUCAAUGUGAAGACCGGCGACUUGGAGGAGUAUCCUGGAAUUGACUGUCUGCCCUGCCACAAGGUGAAAGUUGACAACAGCAAAGUCUAUGUGUCUGUGAAAAAAAAGAUUCAGGGUCAACCUAAGCGAAUAAAGUGGAUGGGAGUCAGAGAUCAAGGAGUAUUUCACACUGUGAUGCUCUUAGGAGGAGGGGCAGCCUCUUUGAUCUGUGCUGAGACACUUCGACAAGAAAAUUAUGGGGGCAGAAUUAUUAUGGUAUCUAGAGACGACCUUCUUCCAUAUGACAAAACCAGACUUAGCAAAGUAAUGAAUGCUGAGAGUGACAGUCUGCUAAUGAGAAGCAUGGAUUUUUUCCAUAAGUAUGAUAUUGAGGUCUGGCUGAAAAAAGAGGCUUUAUCAAUAGAUACAAACAAGAAAACAGUGACAUUUGAUGAUGGCUUAAUACAGUGCUAUGAUCAAAUCCUUAUUGCAACAGGAUGCAGAGCAAAAAGCCUGGACUGCCCUGGUGCAGACCUGGAAAACGUGCUGAUGCUGGAAACACCAGAGGAUGCCAGGAGCAUCCACUAUGCCUGUAUGGGCUGCAGGACAGUCUUUGUGGGCACUUCCUUUGUUGGCAUGGAAGUGGCAGCCUACAUGAUAGAUAAGGCCAGAAGUAUCACAAUCAUUGGAAGCACUGAGCUUCCCUAUCAGAAGACUCUAGGCCCGGAGAUAGGAAAGGUCACCAUGAUGAUGCUUGAAGAGAACGGAGUGACGUUCCACAUGAAUGAUGCUAUUGCUGAGGUUCAAGGCGAGAAUAGGAGGGUUAAGGCGGUGAAACUGAAGAGUGGUACCACUAUUGAAACUGAUGUGCUAAUUGUUGGAAUUGGUGUUGUUCCCAAUUCAGAGUUUUUGAAAGGUAGUCCCAUAAGGAUGGACUCUAAGAACUAUGUCAUUGUGGAUAAUUACAUGAGGACCAAUAUUACAGACGUCUACUGUGCAGGAGAUCUAACCGCGUUUCCUCUUAAAAUGGCAAGAGGCCAGAGAGUGAGCAUCGGCCACUGGCAGAUAGCGCAGACACAUGGAAGGAUUGCCGCCUUCAACAUGCUGGGUAGGGAGGUGGAACUCAACACAGUGCCAUUUUAUUGGACCGUCCUGCUGGGGAGAACCAUUCGAUAUGCUGGGUAUGGGGAGGGAUACACUGAGAUGGUGCUGAAAGGGAAAUUUGAGAACAUGAAGUUUUUGGCACUUUACCUCAAGCAUGAUGAGGUAGUGGCUGCAGCAGGGUUGAACGUGGAGCCUGCUGUCUCAGUGGUGGCAGAAAGGUUGGCAGAAGGAAGAGUGAUUACAAAGGCAGAAGCAAUGUCAGAUGACCUCAGCUGGCUGAAGCUGCAGCCCCUGUGACCACUAACAACAGUAUGAAUUCAGAAUCAUCUUCAUUCAGCCAUUCUGUCCACAGUCCAUCCCAUCCAGUUGGGCCUUUACUCAAAGGCCUCAUACUCAGAUAAUUGUCUUUUUUCAAACGUUGAUAGAGGCCAGUACAUUACAGUAUGUCUUAUCAAAGCUUUGUACACAGUACACAGUUUGCCAUUUUUAUACUCUUAUUCAGAAAGAAGACCCAUUACCCACAUGCAAGUAGAAAAGCUUUUAUUCUGUUUUUGUAUUCUUGUCCAACUCUGCUGAAUGUUUUCUGAGCUCCUAAUGAAGACUUUGUUACUUGUGCCAAUUGAACAUCUGCUUAAGCUUGGAGUCAUGAGUUCCAUUUUUCUCAAAAUGAUUAUGAAGAUUCCCACAUAAUUUUUGAAAACUUAUAAUUAUUUUAAUCAACAUAAUUUAUUAAGCAUAUUAAUCAAAUGGUACUAAGGCAAAAGUUGUGACUGACAUACAGUAUUUUACCAUCUCCAAAUAAAAAAGCCUUUUCUGACUAGUAGGAGGCAUCUUCUCUGAAAACACAUUUAAAGACCUCCUGAAAUCAAAAUGGAAGUUUUGUGGAUUUUUAGUCCAUGUGUGUUAGCUUUAGGCCAUCUAUGCUAGUGUACUCCUAAAAGUUGACAAAAUAAACCUUUAAAUUUGCAGUCUUUUCAUUUCGCUUUGGUGUGCACCAAAAAUGCCAGACUGAUCGCACUGUUAAUUCUGUGACAGGAGAUUGUUAGUUCUGCUGAUGAAAUUGGUCUGCUCUUACCAAAAUUCAAACCACUGUCCCCAGUGGCUGAAGCUGGAAGCAUUGUUGAGGUUGAAUGUCCACAGAAUGGCACAAAAAGCGGUUGUAUUUUUAGUUGUAAAUGAUGUAAUGCAGUUAACAGAAAUGCACAUUUUAUUUACCCUACUCCCUGACCCAAACCCCAACCCUAAACCUAACCGUCAGUGGAGUAAAUGUUUUUUAAUUUAGAGCAAAAAAGCAACCGCCAAAUCAUGCUUACCAUUGUUUAUGGAAUGCUCUUGCUUUCUUAUUUCCGUGAGAACAGAAUGUGUGUCUCAGAGAUAGCACACACAACACGCUAUCAGUAGCAUUACAGGGAAAGGUAAACAUGUUUUAAUUGAUGUGAAAAUGUCUGAUAGGGGAUGGCGCAUGUCAGUAAUUUGGCAGAACGGAGCUGAUCAUGAUUUGUGGCUGUGAGGUCAAAUAUAGGCUUUUGGCAUUUUAAAAAAGGGACUUUCUUUUUCAACAGGAAAUAUGUCAACACAGGAAAGAAAGCAGGGCUUGUCAAGCAAUUUUAUGGGGUCUUUAAAAAUGAGCUUGUUAGAGAUGAUUAAUUCGUAAACAAUGUAAAGUUUGUAUUUACUCAAUGUUUAGACAGAAAAUAGAGUUAUAAGUAUAAUAGAGUUAAUGAGAAUGUACAGUCACUCUGGAAUACAGUGUGCUUGAUGUACCUAGGGGGCGUAGAUGGCCAUCAGGCUGUGAAAUGGAGCAUGUGUAGUGGAAAAAUCAACAAUUACUGACUGAACAUACAAUCACAGCGCUAAAGAGGAUUAGAUGAACACUGACCGAUGAAUGGAAGGGGAUGCUGAAUGUGACUGGUCACAAAAGGGGGAGCACAUAUAAUAGAGCUGGAAAAACAUAUUACAAAAGGGCAAAAUACAAAAGAAAUGCUGCGCUUCUCUCUUGUAUCGCCUCUUGUUAUCUCUCUUUUGCCACACAACCCAGUUUUCUCUCCCAUAUCCUCAUAUUUCACUUCUCCUGUCCUCAUCAGCAAGAAUGUUUGUAGAGAAAUAUGGGUCAUAUACAACAGUCCAAAUCGGGAGGUGAUACAGUAUGUGGGCCAAGAACUAGAGCUCAAAUUUUGAAGCAGUAACUGCAGAAACUGAACUGUGAAGGAUCCCUUUAUCAAGUUGGUAUGGAAAGAGAUGUAGAUCGGAGCUGCACUGGCAUGACUGGAAAUAGCCUCCCGAGAGUGUUCCAAAGAUGGCCGACAGUGGACUGACUUGCUAGAAAGACUUUGCUUGCCUUGAAAAGAACUUUGAUGAUGUGCAGCUCUGGGGACAUGAGGAAAUGAUACUAGUGUAAUAAUUGAAAAUGAUUUCAGUUAUUUAAAAUUGGACUUUUAGGCCCACAACAGUGUGUAGUGAAACAAUUUGGUGAUGAUUUUGAUUUAGUUAAGCAAAUUUGCUCAUGAUGACCUUUAAAAAACACCCCUCACUCAACACUUCUUCACAAUAUGAGUUUUUUUCCAUCCUGUUUAGCCAUUGUGUCAAUUUACCUCUUAGAUUUCGCUGAAUAGUGAUGACAUGAUCUCAUAUAACUCCACAUGUUUUUGGCUCAGACACUGACCCUAUACUUAGAACAAGGCCAUCAGUUAGA